AUGUCGGACGGCAAGACUUUCAAGCUGAACAACGGCGUGACCAUCCCAGCGGUCGGCUUUGGCACGUUCGCCAACGAGGGUUCCAAGGGCGAGACAUACAAGGCCGUGACGCACGCGCUGAAUGUUGGAUACCGACACCUGGACUGUGCUUGGUUUUACCAGAAUGAAGACGAGGUCGGAGAUGCUGUCCACGACUUCCUCAAGGAGAAUCCAAGCGUGAAGCGCAGCGACAUCUUUAUCUGCACGAAAGUCUGGAACCAUCUCCACGAGCCCGAGGAGGUCAAGUGGUCCCUAGAGAGCUCGCUGAAGAAGCUCAAGGUGGACUAUGUUGACCUCUUCCUAGUUCACUGGCCGAUUGCCGCCGAGAAGGAUGACAACUACAUGCCAAAGUUGAACGAGAAGGGCCAAUAUGCCAUCAAGGAAGAGCUCACCAAGAACCAGCAGCCAACAUGGAGAGCCAUGGAGGAAGUUUACGAGGCAGGCAAGGCCAAGGCCAUUGGCGUGUCCAACUGGACCAUCCCAGGCCUCAAAGAUCUGCUGAGCUGGGCCAAGGUCAAGCCAGCGGUCAACCAGGUGGAGAUCCAUCCUUUCCUCCCAAACGAAGAGCUCGUCAAGUUCUGCUUCGACAACGACAUUACGCCCGAGGCUUACUCACCAUUGGGCUCCCAGAACCAAGUUCCAACCACAGGCGAGAAAGUCAACACCAACCCCACACUCAACAAAAUUGCCGAGAAGGGCGGCUACACACUUGCGCAGGUCCUGAUCGCAUGGGGAAUUCGCAGAGGCUACGUCGUGCUCCCCAAGAGUUCCACACCCCAUCGGAUUGAGAGCAACUUCAAAAGCAUUGAGUUGAGCGACGAAGAUUUCGAGGCGGUGAACGCCGUGGCAAAGGGUCGGCACACCCGUUUUGUGAACAUGAAGGACACCUUUGGAUACGAUGUGUGGCCGGAGGAGGUGUAG